GGGUAGAUUAAUCGGUUUUGAAGGAAAUCUGAGUCACAGAAUUGACUCGAAACUGAGAUAGAUAAAUAAAACCAGUGAAUUCAUUUAAUAACUUGCUGAUAACUACAAACACAGUCAUGGCUUUGAAGCUGAUUGUUGGUCAAAAAAUUAUGAAUGAGGUCAUUAAAUAUAAAGGACCUCCUAAGAAAACUCAACCGGGAAAGGCAGCUGGAGUUGAAUGGCGAGUUCUUGUCGUUGACAAGCUCUCAAUGAGAAUGGUGUCAGCAUGUACAAAAAUGCACGACUUGAGUGCAGAAGGAAUAACAAUUGUUGAAGACAUACACAAAAAACGAGAGCCUUUGCAAACAAUGGAAGGAGUAUAUUUGAUAACACCAUGUGAGGAUUCUGUUCGAGGCUUGAUUCGUGACUUUGAAUCUCCUACACGCCCUCUCUAUAAGGGUGCUCAUGUUUUUUUCACAGAAGCGGUUCCAGACAAAUUAUUUAAAAAACUUAAAGGUCAAAAUGUUGUGAAAUACAUGAAAUCAUGUAAAGAGAUCAACAUUUCCUUCAUUCCUUAUCAAGAUCAGGUUUUCUCUUUGGAUUCUCCUGAUACUUUUCAAUGUAGCUAUUCGCCAAGCUUGAAAUCUGCGCGUGUUGGUAACAUGGAGCGUAUUGCGGAGCAAGUCGCUACGCUUUGUGCAACAUUGGGCGAGUAUCCGUCAAUACGUUAUCGCAGUGAUUGGGAGCGUAAUGUUGAAUUGGCCCAAUUGAUACAACAAAAAUUGGACGCUUACAAAGCCGAUGAACCAACAAUGGGUGAAGGGCCCGAAAAGGCUAAAUCAACAUUGUUGAUUCUGGAUCGUGGCUUUGAUUGCGUUUCUCCAUUACUGCAUGAAUUAACGUUACAAGCAAUGGCGUACGACUUGCUGCCGAUUUCGAAUGAUGUUUAUAAGUACGAAAACCAAGGCGCAGAGAAAGAAGUUCUAUUAGAUGAAAACGAUGAUUUGUGGUGUGAUUUACGUCACCAACAUAUCGCUGUUGUUUCACAAAAAGUGACUGCACAUUUGAAAAAUUUCACUGAAUCGAAGCGUAUGGCAUCAACUGAUAAAUCAUCAAUGCGUGAUUUAUCUCAGAUGAUUAAAAAAAUGCCACAAUAUCAAAAAGAGCUCUCAAAAUAUGCGACACAUUUACAUUUGGCAGAGGAUUGCAUGAAAGUCUACCAGGGAUACAUUGAUAAAUUAUGUCGUGUUGAACAAGAUUUGGCUAUGGGAACUGAUGCUGGUGAUGAAAAGAUAAAAGAUCACAUGAGAAACAUUGUACCGAUUCUUCUUGACACUUCAGUGUCUAAUUAUGAUAAAGUUCGUAUCAUUGCUCUCUAUGUAAUGAUUAAGAAUGGCAUUUCGGAAGAAAACUUCACCAAACUCGCAACUCAUGCGCAAAUUGAACAACGUGAACGAGAAAUGAUCUUGAACUUGGCUCAUCUCGGAAUCAAUGCUAUUUCAGAUAACAGCCGACGUAAGCAAUAUCAAGUACCAAGGAAAGAGCGUAUCACAGAUCAAACUUAUCAAAUGUCUCGUUGGACGCCAAUUGUUAAAGACAUAAUGGAAGAUUGUAUUGAUGAGAAGUUGGAUUUGAAGCACUUCCCUUAUCUUGCAAAUCGUUCAGGUCAAACCAGCUACAGUGUGCCAACAAGUGCACGUUAUGGACAUUGGCAUAAGGAUAAAUCACAACCAGUUAUAAGAAAUGUUCCACGACUCAUUAUAUUCAUCGUUGGUGGUAUGAGUUACUCCGAAAUGAGAUGUGCUUACGAGGUUACAGCUGCAUACAAGAAUUGGGAAGUUAUCAUUGGAUCUUCUCACAUUUUAACACCAGAAGGCUUUUUAAGCGACUUGGGAGCAAUUUCAAAAGACGACUAAAGUGGACAAACUCCUAAUUAAACUGUCUCAAAAGAUGCUUUGUUUUCUUCUCUUAAAAACUAAAAUAUUUAUCCAUGUAAUAUUUAAUUCCAAUAUAUAAAAAUAGCUAACAGCGACAAGCCGUUCAUUUUUAGCUUCAUAGAAUUUGGCAUUAAAAUGAAGUUUUAAGAGUAUCUAAAUAAAUAUUUUUGUUUCUCAUCAAUUAAUUAGAGUUUUACACGUUUUGUAAAAAUUUAAAGAAAAAGAAAAACUCGUAGAAAGUUUAAAAUGUUCAAUCUUAAAAAGCUCUUGUUAUAAAACUGUUUUAAAUUGUUAUAAAUAUAACUUUCACUUUCAUGAACAUAUAAGAUGAAAUCUUACAAAUGCAUUCAACGUUUCUGCAUGCUAGUUUCAAAGAUAAUUAAAAAGCUUAUGAUCAUCAUUAUUGUAUAUCUGAAAACGAAACGAAGAAAAUUUUCAAGUUACCAACAUUUUACUAGACUCUUUCUAGUAGUUUAUUAAGCUAUAAAGUUUACCUUCGUCAUGUUAUUCGAAAUGAUAAAAAUAAACUGUCAGCACUUUCAAUAUAAAGAGAAUGGAAUGUUAGAAUAUUAUUUUGCUAGUAACUAUGGAAAACAUUAUAACUAUCUAAAUAAAUCAGAAAAGUUGUAUUCCAAUGAUAAAGAUAGUAUUAAUAGUAAUAAUGAUGCCUAAUUAUAAUACAGACAGAUUAAUUAACAUAACUGAACAAAAAUCGCGACGUCAAUUCAUUCAUUUGAUCAAUUCUUCUUAAGAUUCAAACAUUUCCACGUUUUCAGUGAUGGAAAAUAUAAAUAAUAUAAAAUUUAAUCGACUUCCUUCUCUCUAGCAACUGUUCGUUCUAGAGGUGAGAAAGAAACCAAUUUAAUGCAUUAUCAAUUAACUGUUCGAGAUGAAAUAUUUAACAUCACAUCAUCGUUACAAAUCUAACAUUUCUUGAAAUACAAAAGAUUUCCAUGGGCGAUAGCAAAAUAAAUUAUUAACAAGAACAGUCUAGCAAUAAAAGAUGAAUCGUGUAAUUAAGUUUUAAAAAUUAUUCCAGAUCGCUUUGAAAAAUGUUGUUUGAAUAAAUAGAAAAGAGAGAAAUAUUAAUGGCACUUUCGGAUCUUUUCAGUUAUUUUUAGAUUUAUUUACAUACGUUUUUUAUUUUUCGUAAGCAGAUUUUGGGAUCUACAUCAGUCAGUGUUAGCUCUGAAUUAUAAGUUUUAAGGCUUUAAGUAUGAAGGAAAGAAAAUUUCUUAUUAAAAUUUCGAUAAUUAACCAUAUCGAUUUUCCUUAGAUGCUUGCAAAGCUGAUGUUCUAUAUAUUCUCAUAAUGUCCAAAAGUUUUCUGAAAAACAACAUAAAAGGAAGUUUUAACUCUUAUUAGUUCUAUCCUCAAAUUGCUUGAUGAAAUCCUAAUAUUUAUGCUGUAACAUGUAAAUUAAACAUUUUUAUUUCAAAAUAUAAUAAUAAUAAAAAUGACUAAUUCAAAAUGAAAUUUG